AUGACAAAACAGAUUGCGGCCAUAAAAGCCAAAAUCGAUAAAACGAAUGAUAGAAAACCUGGCUUCUAUCACUCUACAACUUAUCACAACAUCGACCGUAUGACUAAGGAAUACGCCGAUGGCCUUGAAAAAGGCAUGCAUGAAGGCAUAGUAAAAUAUGUCUUGACUAAGUUGAACAACAGUCUAGUGGAACUUCAAGAACAAAUAAAAGAAGAAGCCCUAAUUAAAAAAAUUGGGGAUGACCUUGGGCAAUUUAUAGAAAUUGCACAAGAAUCCACAGACUGCUCCCAAAAUGCCAAAGAGUUCAUCAACACAAACAAAACCAAAUUGUUUGAGGAAUGCAAAAAGCAAAUCAGAACUUCAUUGGCUUGGGCGUCCACAAGUCACUUGGUGAUGGCAACGGCGAAGAAGGCAAAAAGGACUCACUCAUCGAUAGAGAAAACCCAACAAAGGGAAAGGCAAGACAACAAAGAGGUAUUUGUUAACAAUAUGACUAAUGUUACUAUUCCUGAUAACAUUAUUAACAUGUUAAAUCGCGGUAGCAAUUUUCAAUUACUAAGAAAAACUACUAACUUUAACUCUGCUUUCAAUAAAUUGAAACAGGUCAAAGAACAGACCAUCAACCUUGCCAAAAAAGAAGGGGCCGGCUAUAAUAAAAUUUUUAAAUAUAAUAAAAAGUUAUAUAAUUAUCGUGCGAUUAAUAAAGAUGUUAAUAAAAGUAUUGAAUUUUUGUUAAAAAAUGACUUGAUUGUAAGCCCAGCCGAUAAAAACCUCGGCCUUACGAUAAUCCCAAAAGAUUGGUAUAUCUCAGAGUUAGAGAAAUACAUCUUUAAUAAAAAAUUAUUCUUUAAAAGGAAUAUUAGUUGGGAAGCCGUAACAGAUCAAUAUAAAUAUAUUGACGAAGUAUUUAACGGUCAAACUAUACUUCAAUGGGUCCUUAAUACAGAAAAAAGGAAAAUACCCAAAGUAUACAUAUUACCAAAAGUACACAAGUGUCCAACAACUCCGAUUGAUAUUAAAUUUGUAACUAGCAGAUAUAUCACUCCGAAUGUAGGUUGGAUUAACGAAAGAGCUAGCAAAUGGUUAGCUAAUGAAUUACAACCAGUGUUAUUAAAAAUAGGAUGGGUAGUGGAUAGUUCAUUAGACUUCCAAAACAAACUACCAACAGAUCGUUUUACAUCUGAGGAAUUUAAAAUAUUCACAGCAGAUGUUAAAGAUAUGUAUCCAUCUAUCACAAGAAAAUUAGCUCUAGAAGCUAUUAACUACGCUCAAAACUUACCAGAUCCAGAUAGUACCAACAGUACUCAUGGUAAAUGGAGAGUAUAUAGAAGACUCCUCACAUGGAUCUUCGCCACUAGUUACAUAGAAUAUAAAGAUGAGACUUAUGUUCAAAUUAAAGGAUUACCAAUGGGAAAUCCAGUAUCUCCAAUCAUAGCUAAUCUUACAUUAGCAAUGAUAGAGUGUAACGUUCUUGCAGAAAUGAAAAAUAAAAUCCAAAUAUUUAGAUAUUUAGAUGACAUUGUAGCCAUAGUUAGUCAUAGUUGGCUAGCUUGGUUCCCAGAUCAAAUAUGGGAUAAAUACAAAGAAGUAUUUUAUUUCUGGAUAGGAAUAUACGAUAAUAAUCUUGAAAAUAUCGUUAAACCACUAGAACUAAUAGAUACAGGUUGUAUCGAUUCAACAAGAGAUAAACCAAUUAGUUUUCUAGACUUAAGUUUAUCAUGGGAAAUUAUUAAUAACAACAAAACGUUAAUAGUUGAAAAUUAUAAUAAACCCAUGAACAAACAUAUAUACACAAAUCCCAAAACAUUUUAUCCAAUAAAAUACAUUUAUAAUUGGAUACAUGGGGAAAAUGUACGUCUUAUUCGUAAUUGUGAUAAAAGAUCAAGUUAUGAUAGACACGUUAAUGAUUUUAUUGAAUUCUUAAAAAGAAGGGAUUACCCACUAACAAGAAUCAAUAAACAAAUAUCUAAAACGAAUUUUGAUGACAAAGAGAGUUGGAUGAAGAAGAAGACUAAAGAGGAUAAUAAAAAUAAUUAUAUCAUCAUAGAAAACGAUGAAAACCGUAAUAUCAUAACUGAUGCUACGAGGGAU